AUGACAAGGGUGUGUGGCCAGCUGAACAUCAGUUUUGCGGCCGCUGAAAUGCCGGUGCACGCCAAAAAGUCUUUCUUCCUCCGGGACCGGGACGGUGGCGGCGGUCCCAUCCGACGCGGCGCGCAUCGUUGGCACGCCGCCGGAGACGGACAGCCGCGACAGCUCCACAACCCGUCGGCUGCGCCGCCUUCAGCAAUGCAUUCCGCCGCCUUCUCCACCACCGCCGCCUUUGCCGCCGCCGCCGUCUCUAGGCUCCUGUCGCGCUGCCGCUCCCUCGCCGCCGUCAAGCAGCUCCAUGCCCACUUCCUCGCACGUUCAAACCGCCCAUUUCCCUACAACCAUUUCCUCUCCAAGCUCCUCUCCCUCUCCUCCUCCGCCGCCGCCGCCGACUAUGUCCUCCUCCUCCUCUCCUCCCACCCGGCCCCCACCGCCUUCUCCUACAAUGUCGCGCUCCGCUUCUUCGCCUCGUCGCGCCCGGACACCUCCCUUCGCCUCUUCCUCAGCAUGCUCCGCACCGAACUCCGACCCGACGCCUACACCCUCCCUUUCCUCCUCCUCGCCGCAGCUCGCUGCCCGGCCCCAGCCCUCGCCCGCUCCGCCCACGCUUUCCUCGAGAAGCUCGGUCUCAGGGACCACGACCACACCGUCCACUCCCUCAUCACUAUGUACUCCUGCCUCGGUGACCACCUCACCGCUCGCAGGGUGUUCGACGGAAUUCCCUACCGGGAUGUCGUCUCUUGGAACUCUAUAAUGAAAGCGUACGAGCGGGCAGGGAUGGUGGCCGAGGUUGAAGGGAUGUUCCGGUCGAUGGUCACUGAGGGCGCAGUGGCGCCAAAUGGGGUGACUCUGGCAGUUGUGCUCACAGCUUGCAGGGAUGCUGGCAAUUUGGUGCUUGGGAAGUGGGUGGAGGAGUGGGUGAGGUCUGCCGGGAUGGAGGUGGACUCGCUCAUUGGGUCGGCGCUUGUGGGGAUGUAUGAGAAGUGUGGAGAGAUAGAAGAUGCACGGCGUGUGUUUGAUGGCAUCAGCAACAAGGAUGUCGUGGCAUGGAAUGCCAUGAUCACCGGGCAAGUAUAUGAAGACACACUUCUGUAUGCGCAAAAUGGCAUGUCAAAUGAAGCAAUAGCCUUGUUUCACAGCAUGAGGGAAGCUGGGCUGCGUCCAGACAAGAUAACCUUGGUCGGUGUCCUCUCAUCCUGCGCUGCAGUUGGUGCACUGGAGCUUGGAGUUGAAUUGGAUAGGUAUGCCUUACACAGAGGCCUCUACAGCAAUGUCUAUGUGGGAACAGCCUUAGUGGACAUGUAUGCUAAGUGUGGAGAUCUUGAGAAAGCUACACAUGUUUUUGGGAAGAUGCCAUUAAAAAAUGAAGCCUCAUGGAAUGCAUUAAUCUGUGGGCUUGCCUUCAACGGUCGAGGCUAUGAUGCCAUUCAGCAGUUUGAACUAAUGAGAAAUGAGAAAGGACUCCAGCCAGAUGAUAUCACAUUCAUAGGAGUGCUUUCUGCUUGUGUACAUGCUGGGCUACUUGAGUAUGGCCGCCGGUUGUUCAAUUCCCUAACACCUGUGUUUAACGUCAUUCCUAAAAUUGAGCACUACUCCUGCAUUGUUGAUUUGUUGGCACGUGCUGGUCAUUUAGAAGAAGCAUGGGAUUUUAUUGAGAAAAUGCAUGGCAAGGUAGAUGCUGUCAUGUUAGGCGCUUUGCUUGCUGCUUGUUGGAAAUGCAAGAAUGCUGAGGUUGGUGAGAAGGUCAUCAACAGGAUUAUGAAGUUGGAGCCAACAAACUCAUGGAACUAUGUGGUAUCAUCCAAGAUUUAUGCAACCUCAGAUAAAAUGGAUGAAUCUGCAAGAAUGAUAGGGCUAAUGAGGGAGAGGGGUGUUAGCAAGACUCCAGGGUGCAGCUGGGUUGAGGUUCAUGGUAAAGUCCUUGAAUUCUAUGCAAGCACUGAACCACAGCAUGGUGCAGAAGAUAUGUAUCAACUCAUGGGCAUACUGGUAAAUGAGAUGAAACUAGAGGGAUAUGUUCCGAACCUCGAUCUCGUGUAG